AUGGCAGACACCCCCUCCACGCCCCGCAUCCUAGCCCCACAUCUCGACGCCUUCCAAAACCGCACCAUCCGCCUCAUAGGCCGGGUCACACAACUGCGCGGCGAAACCGCAACUAUAGAUGCGCAGGGCACCGUCACAGCGAUCCUGAACCGGGAUGCGCAUUUGAGCGUCGGACACGCGGUGGAGAUUGUGGGGAAGGUGCAGGGGGAUUUGAGUGUGCGGGUGCUGCAGAGUACGGAUUUUGGGGCGGAGAGGGAGUUUGAUUUUGCGGCUGCAGAGGCGCUGGUCGAUGCUACGCAUCGAUAUAAGGAGAUCUUCUACUCGGACUGA